AUGGAGUAUCAGCCUGAGGCUGAGGAUCACCAAAGAUCUCGCGUCGGGGUCAGAUUUGCAAUGACGUCCAAAGCCUUCAAACUCUCAAAAGUAGCUGAUAAUUACAUGAUCCUGUUUGUGAUUCUCUCCGCAUAUUCUGCCCACAACUCGCUCAAAAUUGUGACGAACCUACCUACCGCUGCAAUGCUUCAUCGCCCGUUUAGCCAAGUACGAGUCGCGCCCAUACACGGUAUCAUCAGUGGUAUACUUCACGACACGAUACUUGGGAAUACUAUCCCUGAUGUAGGCAGCGGAUACCGACUUGAGCCCCGGUUUUCUUACUCAUUUUCUCAGUAUACCUUUCGUAAUCGGUGGCAUCGAGGAGUGGGACAUGCCCUUGGAUCUAGGUCAAGAAAAAGGAUCAAGUGGGCACUCGGUUGUCUCUUUUGUGUUGAGCUGUUUCUAGCUUUACUUGGCACUGUCGAUGCAGGAAUAACACGGUUUCCGGUGGAUAACAUAUUGGUCGUCAAUAUACCAGUUAUAUUCCUCAUUCUAGGAAAUCUUACAGAAGCUGCUUCGCGAUGGUAUACCAACAUAAAUUUAAAUAUUUUCGUCCGCUAUGCUCUCUUGUUCUUAGAGACAACAUUGAAUGAACAUAAGAAAGCCGGCGACCUGGGUCGGAGUUUGUCUGGAGCUCCGGAUCCGGCAACGCGCGGGUCACUUGUGCAGCUCGAGGUCUUUAGCACAUCGCCACUAUCUCUAUCCGCCAGCGUCAGAUCAGAUCGAAAGAACCUCUUCGGACGAUUAGCUAGCCCUGACGAAAAUCCAGCUUUUGUCUGCCUACACCUGCCCCUCAUCAAUAGAGAGCUACAAAGCGAAGCUGAAAAGAAUAAGAAGAGCGGAGCAAUGGUUCCUCGGUUCACAACGUUUGCCCUUGAAUGUCUGGAUGCCGGUUUGCUGACAACACUGGUGGCAAUCAUACGCCAGAGACCUGAUACAGACGUGAAAGAAAGAUACAUAUCUCAGUUUUGGGCAUUUACGUUAUUUUCUACCCUGGUACAAUCUGGAGAUCCCUCUGAACGUCAAGUCCUCACAGAUGAGCUCUUGCACCUCGGUUUUGUGGAAAUAAUUCUCCAGUCGGUGCGACAUCCGCUAUGUAUCAUGCACCAAGCCGCAAUCAACACCGCGCAGCACUUUGGAAUGCUUAUCGGACCGAAACUUUCAGCUUCGACUAUUGCCGACAUCAUCGAGACUAUGUGUCUCUAUGCACUACAAGGACCGGAUGAAGCUAUGAAGCAACUUUCUGAUCCAAAGACCCGGUGGCAAGGCACAUUCAUGUUGCUCAAGGCAAAUAUCAACCGUGAGACCGUAGGCAUAUAUGCACUACGCUGGUAUGGAAUUUUUCAACAUCGUGCACUUCUAACAGUCGAAGGCAUAAUGUGCACACGGCAGUCACCUCACUCGCGCAAGAACUGCCUUGAAAUUCUAGAAACGAGACCAUAUAUCCUCGACCUUCUUCUUGACUGCACUAUGCUUGAGCGUCCUAACAAGUUUAUGGAAUCUAGGGCCACAGCAAUGGCCACCGAAACGCUAGCUAUAUUCUUACAGUGGCCAGAUUUUGUCGUGCCAGGCACUACAACUCAAACCGGCCGAAGUCCAAAAUCGCAAGAAUACAAAUCCGUUACUCAGGCUGUGACACUCUUUACAUCAUGUCGAGACUGGUCGGAGAAGUUGAUCGAGGCUUGGAUGUGUAUUGAAGAAGAGAGCUCAAAAAAGCUCGAAAGGAGCGCUGUUUCUCUACGCACCAGUAAGGUUGUGGACCAAGAUGACGAGUGA